AGGGUCAACAUUCCUCCACAUGUCUCGGUUGCUUGAUGAAUGAUGAUCGACCAUUAUCUUAAUACUAUCAUUUCAUGGUUUCCAUUAUAACCCAACUCAGUUUCAUCCCAUUUUUCUAUUUUUAUGCGCAAUUCACGCUCUUUUGAUCAAUCUCAAAACCCAUAUUUCCUCCUCUUUCCUUCUUAUACUCACUUUUUCUUUUCCUUUUUUCCCAUGAAUCUUCUUCUUCUGCUGCUUUCAACAAGUGUCUUGUAGAACUUAACUAGCAAUAUUAUACAUAUACAUAUAUGGCUACAAAAGCAAAGGAUAGUAAUAGUAGUCUGAGAAAGGAGAAGAAGGUGACGCCCUCUUCACAUUCUCACACCACAAGCAAACAACCCAAUCCCAGACCAACCACAACAAGCUCUAAUACUCUUCAUCAUCCUAAAGACAAAUCAACCAAACCAGUUCCAAACUAUCUGAAGCCUACAUUUAGCUCAAGCUCAGAGUCCUUAAAGGUGGUUAAUAAGAAACUUGCGAUUAAUAGUGAAGAUGCAGCCAACCAAAAGCUUCUUAGAAGAAGAUCUUUUGAUAGACCUCCAUCGGCUUCUAGAGUACAAAAGUCACUUAUCUCUCCUGUCCGUAAAGACAGAUCGGGUUCUCGAGAUAAACCAUCACCAUUGGCUAUCCGAUCUUCCUCUUUUUCAGCAUCAAGAACUCCAAGUUCAACACCUAAACCAGUUGUUCUGGAAAGGAAGUCCGGUAAGUCUUUUAAGCCUGUCAAAUCUCAGGCUGCAGCAGAGACAAUAAAGAGGAGCUCAAGCUUCUCGAGGACAAGUACUACUAGUGUAUCCGAAAAUGCUUCUCCAAAUCACAGUCAUGAUACAACUCCGGUGGCUGUCCAUCUUGAAACAAAGCAAGAAACAGAUAAAGAAUCUUUGAUUCAAGAUGUUGAAGGGGUCAAUGAUGCAAGGGAGAUAGAAACACCAAAAGCUGAAAGAAAAGAUGUAGAUGCAGAUCAUAUUGCUUUACAGUUAGAUACUGAUCAAGUUAAAGAUGAUGACAAGGUCAAUAAACCUAAGGAAAUUUCCUCAGAUAUGAUUUCACAAGGACAAACUUCUCCAAAGGAAACCCAAGUUGAGGAAUUGACUGAAAGUGAAUUGCGCCAACAAGAUGAAGAAGUAGAAAAAGGAGAAACUCAUCAAAAUCACAGCAGUUGUAAUUAUAAUAAUGACCCUGAACCUGAACCUGAACCUGAACCUGAACCUGAACCGGAAGAGAGUAUUCACGUAGAUAAUGCUAAAGUUGGGAGUGAUCACGAUCACGAAGACAAAGAAGAGAAUGCCAAUGAAGAAAUUAUAGAGGAAAACAAUAAGGAAGAGAAUGAAGAAAGCGAGAUUCAGGUUAAGUUGAAGGAAGAAGAAGAUCAUGUGGCAGGGAUUAGUGUUGAAGAAGAAAUACAAUUAGAAGAAGAUCAGGAAGAAAGAAAGCAGGAGGAGGAUAAUAUUAAUGAAGUGCAAAAGAGUGAAGGAGGACAAGGGAAUAAGAAGGAAACUCCAACGGCAUACAAUGAUGUGAUAGAGAAGUGUAAGAAUAAGCUACUUGAGAAGAGGAAGAACAAGGUGAAAGCACUUGUUGGUGCAUUUGAGACUGUCAUUGAUUAUGAAACUGCAAAUUCUAAAUAAGUACAUCAUCUCGAUCCAAGCCAUUGAGGACCUUUUUUUUAAAUUAAUGUAUCACUCAAUUCAAGAGUUAAUUUGUGGAUACUCAACUGUUGUAUUAUCUGUUUAACCAACCAUGACAUUAUUGUGCUGGGCUAUAUAAAGCAUAGACAUAUACAGACUCUUCGUUUAUUCAUUUAUUUCUUCU